AUGCCGGCACCGUCAUCUUCGCUCGCGAGUGCAGCCUCGCGCAUGCACCGACAGGUCUCUCGCAUUGACCGCCAGACGGCCCAGAAGCUCUUCCCGCGGGAGCAGCGGCUGCAGUGGCCCACCGGCUAUCUCCCGGCAAGUGGCGUCGCCCACCUCCUCCACCCCGACGGCGUUCCAUUUCACGAGGUGCUGGAGUGCUACAUGGACAUAAAGGAAGACCGGCAGCAUGAGCUGCAGCGCGACUUCGCAUCCGACUACACACUCUGGAACCGUUGCUCGCUCGAGGAUUUUGUGCGCAAACUCGGCGCUCACCGGCGGCGUUGCUUCACGCGGCUAACGGCCCGCGAUCGUCUCGUGCACGACGCCGACGCGCGGGAGGUGUUCCAGCUAGAGCCAUAUCUACCACCACCGCCUGUCGCCAUCAUCGACACCCCUUCAUCGCGUGCGCUAGUGUCACCUCCGUUACAGGCGUCCGCCGCCGCAACCGCCGCCGCUGCAGCACCGAGCACGAGUUCAGCGAGCAAGGAGGAGAGGCCGGUGUACUACCAGUUCCAGCCGUACGCGGCGACGCAAGAGUACGCCAUGCUGCCCGUGCAAGGCGUUCGGUCACCUCAGCAGCGCGUGCGGUUUGCGACUUUCCCUCAAAUUCGUAAUGUCCUCCACACAGACUUUGACUCGAUGACAGCGCUGCGUGCGCUGAGCCUGUACUGCGGAGAUGGGAUACUGUACACGAGAGAGCUGGUGCAAGUCGUGGCCCUGUACGUUCGACGGCGGCUCGAAGAAAUUAGUGAAGCAGAGGCGUCCUUCCUGCACGCGGCAGCGGAGGCCUCGCCGUGCUGCGCCGCGCUGCCGACGUUUGCGUCGGAGUCGCCGGUGCUGGUCUUCUUCGGCAACGGCCGUCUGGCUUGGAUGCUCAAUGAAAGUGGCCUGCUGCCCAAGACGGUGCGCGCGGUGCAGCUGCCACGGCAGGACGCGCAGCGCAGACGCCGGCGCACGCACUUGCUGCAGCAGCAGGAGUCGCUCGAGAUCGACUUCGGGUUUCACAGAAGCUUCACGGCCAUCUUCCCCUGCGAAACGCUCUCCGUCGGUGACGCACUUCGCAAGUACAAGCCGGCGAUUGUGCUGGUGGAGCCGCAUGUGGACCGGGAUUACAUGUCUGACAUCCGCGGCUACUACAGCGUGCGAGAGGUGGUGGCGAUGGGGCCCAUCGACUCCCCGGCCAUGGGCAGUUUCGCCUACCCGUUCCUGAGCUUUGGCGUUACUCCUGGGCCGACCACGUACUGGGCGUACAACGACAACCUGCACAAGGUGCACGCCUCGGAGCGAAUCCAGAUGCCGAUGGACGCGCCGCACGAAUCACAAGGGUACGAGCGGCGCUACGUUGACGAUAUCUCGGCGUACCUGAUCGCGCCGAACGACUGCGCCGCCGUGGGCAGGCAGUUUCGCUGCCUCGCCUUCCGCCGUGUGCGGCCGCCGGUGCUGAAGCCCGCGAGCGCAGCAGCGGCCGCGGCGCCGCAGUCGUCGAAGGAGACGGUGGAGUCGAAUCCCGGGCGGACAUGA